AUGGACUCAUUCAUGGAGCUGCGGUGUACAGUCUCCGUGACCUCAGGUUUUACACAUCCAGCUGAUGAUGUAGCAAAGGUGGCAGGAGACAGGCAGCAGGAGCAGAGAGCAGCCAUUGCUGUGUCUGGCAGCAGAGGUGUGAAGAAGACCUCUGGUGAGUGUGAGACACCCAGCAGCCAUCCUAUUGUGUCAGGAGGACUGAGCGUGUCCCAGAGCCCCAUCACGGUGCCUCCACCUCACUCACUGAUACAUGAGAGACACAAUGACCAGAAGAUCCUGGAACUCACCAAUAAGAUCAUUCAGCUGCUGACUGGAGAGGAGGAGGAUUAUAUAGAGGAACACAGGGGUCUGUACAAGGACGUGAUGAUGGAGAAUCACCAGCCCCUCACAUCACUGGAUGGGCCCAGUAACAGAGAUACCCCAGAGAGAUGUCCCCGUCCUCUUUAUUCCUAGUAUUGUACAGAGGAGAAUCACAGGAUCCCACAGGAGGAUCAGGAUGAAUGUCUCACUGACAUUAAGAUAGAAGAUACAGAGGGAGAAGAAGAGACGUUUGUGACUGAUAUAAAGGCAGAAGAUAUAGAGGGAGAAGAAGAGACGUAUGUGACUGAUAUAAAGGCAGAAGAUAUAGAGGGAGAAGAAGAGACGUAUGUGAGGGGUGAUCAGCAGUGUAAGGAAGAGGAGAUCCCUAUAGAUAUCA